CUUCGAGUUACGUUGAUUGUAGUCAACAUGGCGUCCAACAUGGCUACGUCAUCUUCCAUUAUCCGCACCUGUUAUAAUUGCGGUCAGCCCGGGCACUUCGCUCGAUCCUGUCCCCUUCGUCUGCAGUCUGGUCAAACUAACACCAAUACUGCUAUUGUUCCUGCGCAGAAUUCUCAAGUAGUCACCGUUCCUGCUGGCGGCGCUCCGUACGGUAACUUUGGAUACAACUUUGGAGGUGGACUAAAGCCGCGGGUGGAGAAUCUUGAAGCUACCGUGGCCACCAUCAAAGCACGACACGACGCCGAGAUGGAACGUGAGAAGAUCAAGCAUGAAGAAGAAGAACGAAAGAAACGGGAGAAGGAAGACGAAGAACGCAGAAGAGAAGCUAAGAAGGAGAGAGAGGAAUUGCAUGAACAGAUGAGCAAGGCUCUCGGAGGGAAGUUAGAUGCGGUCAAAGAAUUAUUAGAGAAGAAGAAAGGCUCGGAAAAUGACGAAGUGGCCAAGCUCAGAGCGGAGUUGGAGCUCCUUCGCAAGGGGCAGGCACAAGCUACGAAUGUUGCGUCAACUUCCGAGUCUGAAUAUGAUAAGUACCAAAAAGCGAUGUCAGAAGAAAAGGCUAGAUCCGAGAAGAGGUUUGCUGCGAUGGAGGAAGAGAUUGCACGACUAAAGAAGGCGAAUGCAGAGACACUUGGUGCGGUUGAAACCUGGAAAGCGGAGGCACUGAGACCGGGUAAUAAAAGGGGUGGUGUCGCUGUUACACCCUCUCCAGUCCCUCGUUCCAGAAUGCGCACGAGGUACACACCGGUUGUGUCCCCUCCUUUUGAUAAGGAGCAGGCCAAGCAAGCGAUGGCUGAUCAGGAGCAUGAGAUCGAGUUACUUAAAGAAUGGAGGUUGCGUGAGUUGAACGGGAGACGGAAAGCGGAGCAGGAGUUAGAGAAACUCAAGGAGCAGAUGGCCAACUUGGAGGUGAAGAAAACGCCGAUGACCACGAACUUACGUUCAAGACUUGAUAAAGUGGCUACGGUAGACAAAGGCAAGAAGCCUGUCACACCGGGGUUGUCCAAGUGGGAGAGUGGAGUGCAGUGCAGUGUCAGCGGAAGAUCCUGAAGAAUCUGAAGAAGGAAGAUAUUUUGGCGAUAUGUAGGGAGGAGGAUAUUACGUAUGUUACGUUGGAGAAGACAAAGGAGGAAAUUGCACAGAAACGUGCAGAUGACGAAUGUCGAUUACAAUCGGCAAAACCAGGAGGUGUCGUCAUUCACGAUGUGUUAGACAAUGAUGUGCCAGGUGAAGAUGGCAGUACGGAGGUUCCUGCCGAUUCGGGCUACUUCGUGGUAAGUAUACCCGAGCGCGGCCCUGUGGAAUCUAUUGAGAGUUUGUCUUAGACUUAGAUCACCCUCCCCCGAGUUAGUACGCAGUAAACCUGUUAGUACGUU